CUGAUAACACAACUACCGAUAACCGAAUAAUAAAUAUUAUGGUCUUGACUCGACUUGACUCUCGAGUGUUUGAGAAAUAAGUAAUAAUAAAAAUACUUAAUUCAAAUGCUUCACUGACAUUUACGCUUAAGAAUUAAAUUCAUGUAUCCAAGAUGGAAAUCGAUGACGAAGAUGUUGUCGUAGACGCUUUCUAGACUAAAUCGGCUUAAAAUUGUCCCACAUUAUCCCCCAAAGUUGGAAGGGAGUGGAGAGCAUUGAAAUUUAGGAGUGAUUGGAUGGGAAAGUGCCUUUAGACUGAAAACCCGUAAACACGACACUGCAUGGCACAGAUUUGCAAAAGUAUUUGAAUGCAGUUGGAUAUUCUGAAUUUGAAGUUUCUAAACGAAAACCUGGUGAAAAGCUUUGUCCAACUGAAGUACAAAAAUGUUCAAGGAAAAUAAUGAGACCAACCCAAAAUCAAAAAGACUUUGCAUUGUGUGUAACAUUAAUCAAGAUAAUCAUGGAGAGUCAACUUAUUUUCAAAGAAGAUACUUUAUUUAUUAAGGAAUUUAUUCCAUCAGAACACUUUAAAUAUCCUCUAUUUCUAACAAAACGGAAAAGUAUUACUCUACUUAUACUAUGCGUAUUCUGUGGUCUUAUGAAUAUGUUUUUUUCAAAAUUCUGGGAUGAAUGGACAAUCGUAGGCAUGUUCAUUUUUUGGUUUGGUUGUGUUUUAAUGGAUGUAUUGUAUAACCUAAACCAAAAUAGAGCGAUAAAAAAUACUACAAUGAAAACUAUUCAAUCCAUGGAAAAAUUAUCUCUGCUGAUACAAAAGUCUACUCAUUUUGUGCAAGAAUGUAGCAAUAUUCAUAAUAGUUGUUUUCACACAUAUGAUGGUAAAAAUCCUAAUGCCUUCAAAUACUUAUUGAUGCCAGAAUUAAGAACUCUGCUUAUAACUGUGUUACAAGAUUUGAUCAAUAAUCUUGUAUAUAAUAUAUCUGAAGUUCACACAUUUUUCCCUCUAAAAGAUUCUGUUUCUAACAUUGUUUAUUUGUACAAAACGGACUGCAAAAUUGAUUUAAAAAACACUUCUUUCGAAAAUAUAAAUAAAGCCAAGUACACUUAUUUUUUAUUACAAUCAGAAUUCUUGAAACAGUCAGCCCUGUGUUUAUGUCCAGCAUUAUGGACUCCUCACAGUUUUUUUCAUUUGAAUCGUUUAAUUGAAACUAUUGGUAAAAUUGAAGAAAUUUAUUCUAACUUAUAUAGUGUUUUAUAUGAUGAGUAUAAUGUUUAUUCUAUGUUCAAAAAUAAUACUAUAGAACAUAGUAAACAACCAGUUCAAUGUACAAACAUGAAUUCUGAUCUGAAACUAAAGAUAUAUAGUAUUCGACAGUUCUUACAAAACAUGAUGGUGCAUGUUCGGUUCAUGGAAGACUCAUUUGAAAACUCUUCAGUAUGCAAUAUUGAUGAUAUAAAUAGUACAUUGAAUAUUUUAUUAAAAGAUGUCAGUGUUUUUAAUGAACUUAUUUCAACAUUACAAAUUAACAUUCUAAAAAAAAAUAAUAAUCAAACAGAUAAAUCUAUAUUAACUAAUGAUUCUAUUGGAGUAACUGACCAUAUAGAUACAGACACCAAUGAACCAAUCAAAGAAAUCUGUGAAGAUGAAUUAUUUUUUGGUGUAUCUGAAGAACCUACUGAAAAUAUGGAAAAUACAUUUUGUAAUGAAGUAUUAUUUGAUAAGUCUAACAAUCAUAAUUUAAUGUUAGAAUUGAAAGUGGCGCUUAAAGAUAAACAAGCAGAAUGGAAACAACGAGAAUGCAAGUUGUUAGAAAAACAUCCACAGUUAAAUGACUUAUCUGAUGACGAUGAAAGUAAUGAGACACAAGCCCGGUACAUAAAUAAAGUGCGUAAAGUAGCAUUAGACUUGCCCCCCGAUGAAAGCUUUUCUAUGCAAUUACCUGAUAAAAGCUUUGCUAGUGAAAUAGCCAUGGUUGCUUAUAAACGGAAUACAGCAAUUGAAUGUUUUGGAGAUGAUUCUGAUUCGAGUACAUCAAUAAACUCAAAUGAUUCUUAAAUUACUCUGUUCAAACUCAAUUCAUACUCAGAUUGUUGAAUAUUAUUAUGUUUUCAGUUUUUGGGAUGUGAUGUAUUUCUAUUGUUGUUCCAAUCAAACGUGUAUAAUAUGCAAUAUUAUCUUAGUUUACAAAAACAAUGUUUUAAUUUCAUUAAAGAUUCAAAUAGCCAGGUGAUCAUUGAAGUUGUAGCUGAUUUAAAGAAUAAUGUGACAUAACAAUAUACAGGUGUACUUCCAACAUCAUUGUAUGCUAUGAAGAGUUUUUCUUCAACAAUUGUAUAAAAAAAUAUAAAUAAGUUGAUCAAUGUCGAAUCUAUCAUAUAAAGAAAUUGUAUGUGAUAUUAAGAAUAAAGAUACAAAACAUUCA